AUGCCUUCUAGAAGAGCACCUAAGAAGUUCACAGCAGUUGUUGAUGCUUACAAGCUAGGCUACUUGGAUUGCAAGAAAGGGGAUGCUACCUACUACCCCCUCAACGAGCAAGAUAGUGUUGUAGAUACAGAUCCAGCUGAGGAUCAAGCAACUGAUAAGAUUGAAGCCGAAGAGAAUGCGGUAGAUGAGACUGCAACUAAAGAGAAUGCAACUGAUGAGACUACAACUAAAGAAAAUGCUGCUCAUGAGAUUGGAGCUAAGAAGGACCCUGACAAUGGAGAGUCUCAUGCUAAAGUCUCAAAGUAG